UUACCAGAGAUGAGAAGAAGGUCAUUGUUGGCUGCUCUUAGAGAGAUUUCCUCUCGUCCAGAGAGAGAGAGACGGCACAGCUACCUCAUUAUAGCCUGUAGACCUCACUCUGAGUCGAGGACCUCUAGGCCAGGAUGGAUAUUAAAGCUUAAAGAAAUUUACUGACAUGGCAGGAGAAGCCAUUCUCAACAUAAACAGAAAAACAUCCAAAUCAACCCACUCGGCAGAUUCAAAUAGGUUCUAGUGGUUCUGACUUCAAAUGACUUGGGCCUUCUAUAUUAAGCUAUUAAAGGAACUGCUGAAGUAAGAAAUAAGUUACACCUGAUGCUAAUGUACUUUACCUGAAGUAGAUAACUUCUCAUUCAUCAUUUUGCACUUUGUUUUGAUGUCAGACUCCCAUCAAACAGACAGAAAAGGAUGGAAAAAUGCAUCAAAUCCUGAAAAUGUUCUGAUCAGAAUUCAAAACAUUGAAAAUGACAAUAUGCACACUGUUAUCUGCUCCCAAAGUGUGUACAUUAACACCCCUCUGAUUUUCCACACACAUUCACAAUGUACAUAGAUGAAUACACUAUAUUAUGACUGGGAGAUAUGGCUGAAAUAAUCACAUUAUUAGUGAGAAUAUUUUAUAUUAUUUUAUGUAUUGAUAUUCAUCGCGUUGUGGCAAAUGUAUGCAAGAGUACAUAGAAAAAACUUGAUGUUUUAUACAAUGAACUGCAAUGCAAUACAUCAGACAAAACUCUACAUAUAUGCAAACCAAAAAUAAAACCUCAGUAAUAACUUUAUUGGUUUUUAAAUACAGUUUGCUUGAAGUCAUUCAUUUCCACAACAGAAUUUUGUAAAACAAUAUAAUUUAAAUAUGAUUCCAUUACUAGAGUCAGUAUACUUAUUUAAGUAUCACUCAGCCCUGCACUCCAUUCAACCUUCCUUCUGUUUAGAGUGACUUCUUUGUCACUGUGUGCCAGCUCUUGUAAUCCCCUUAGACACACCACCUUCAGACUGCCUGUUAUGUAAAGACAGGAAGGAGACGUUAUAAGGGCUGAUCAGGCUGUCCUGCACCACAUAGCAGAGCACAGGUUGAAGUAUCCAAGUGGACACCCGGACAGACCCUCUGUCAGUCUUGGGAGUCCAGGAAGAGGAGCUUGAGAGAGCAAAGUGUUAUCUGCCCCUUAACUCAUUCCUAAUUUAACAGGAAGACCUUAGUGGAACGCUCCAAAAUGUUUUUCAGAAUCCCAAGACUGACUCCGGGCUACAUCAGGCUGCUGCAGACCCAGGCCUACCAUAAUGUGUCUGUGACGCCUCCAGCUGAGAAGACCAUGCCCGGCGUGGCUAUGCUGCUGGGGGCCGUGGGGAUCGGGAUGUGUGGCUACAGCUCCAGGCAGUUGGCCCUCCACCACCGGCCCUCUGCCCGUGUGCUGCAGUGGGUUGGCACACACACUGAUGCCAGCAUGGUGGGCACUGCUGCCCAUAGGACCCCCUUCCUGGAUGUUACUCGCCCGGCCGUUGCCUGCCAGGAGAUCCCACAUCCCUCCUUUGUGGGCCAGAAAGUUUCCUUGAAAUAACGUGAUGCUAGAUCGGAUAUGGAUUGGCCAACAUCACAGGUUGAGUUCCAAUAACUACACUCAUGCACAUCUAAGAUGGUAGCUAUGCUGGCCCAUUGCCCCAGUGUGGCCCAUGUGCUCUCUAAUGAUGUGCAAGUGUGGAUAUUUGACUAACCUCAGCCUUUAUGUUGGCAGGAAGUUGAAUGUCUUAUAGUAAUAAUGAAUUCUGUAACUAGUGCAACACAUAAAAAUAGUUUAAAUGCUAUUGAAUUGUAUCAAUUAAUCACUAAUAUUAGAAUCUGUAAUGCACUGAGAGGGCACUAAGCAAUAUGAAUGAUGAUGAGUAUAUAAUGAUGCUGGAACUUCCCAAAGACUGUUGCUGAAUGUAGCUUAAAGGAGCUAACAUCUUUAAUUUGGACACAUUGUGUAUCUUUUUGAGGCCUGGUGUAAAACGGGACUGACGCUUGGCAGUGUCCCUCUGUACACAGAUGGUUGGCAACCCUCUCUCUAUGCCCACCCCCUUCCCCUUCCCCUUCCCCUUCCCUCCCCAGGCAGACAGCCAUGUGUAAGUGCUUGAGCAGCCCAUCCCUGCCCAUGACUUCAAUUGAUUUCCUCUGAGGAGGAGCAGGUGCCAUCCAUCAACAAGCCUUGGCGUUUGCUGGCGCGGUCUGGCAUCGGCUGCCAAUCAAGAGACAGUGGCGGAAGACACAGGUUGGCUUUCUGGCUGAUUCAGUGACUGGUGCUUCCUGUGUUCAGAAAAGUUCAAUUCUCCAAGGGUUCGGUCAGAGUUGUGAAAGAAUAGCAGGGCAGUUUUGUGGACUGAAAACACUUCUUUUAAUAGAAGAAAGUACUGAAAGUACAUUUGAUAUCGAAACCUGAGUAAUGUAAACAACACUUGCACAAACACACACACCUAGAAUGGUGAUUCCUCCUGGAUAAGCCAGUGUCCUCUAUGGGGAUUAACCCAGGUGGAAAAUCAUUCCUGGCACACACACUCAUUCACCUAAUCUGGUAUUAGAGAGAAGGACCCGUGAGGCAGACAGUCAGUCCUGUGCAUCCCAACUUUGUACCAUUCCCCCUGCAGUGUCCACCAUUUGUCCCACUGUCAUACAUGGAUUUAUAUUAUGGGAUUGGUGUUUCCAUUAGUGUUUACACCAAAAAUAUAGCAGCGAAAGGGGACUUGAGAUUUGGCGAGACACUGAGUGUGGUUGAGAAUGCGUGCUGUGCCUUAUGGAUAGCACAGGGUCAAAUUGUCUUUACUGCCUCUUAUUUUGACUAUGAAUAUUUAAAAAUCUACUGAAUGUAGAGUUUUGUGUCUCAGAAAUCGUGGUGACACAAGUGACCAGAGAGACUUUUAUUUCUCCACAAGCAGGGGACAGGAGGAGGAGGAAGUUCCCAAGUAUUCUGGAAAGUUGUGAAAAAAGAGGAUGGUGAGAAAGUUGAGUGUUUCAUCGCUUAGAGGUCAGCCAGACCUUGUAAUCCAGGUUUUCAUUGCUGAAGAGCCAUCCUUGUCUGUCUGCCAAAUUGGAUCAGCAGCUGGUUGUGGCAGGUUGGGAGUUUUUAGAGCCCCAAUAGAGGCCCUCCAGAAUGCUAGCACAGUAGGUCACCAACAAAAUGGUCGUAAUCCACUCAGCAGAGGGGGGUAAUGGCUCCAACUGGCAUCAGACACUAAACAAUUGGUCACCUUACUCUGGACAGAGACUGACAGCCAUAAACAAUUUCAUAAUGGGUUUGUGAUGGUCUCAAAACAACAGGAUACUCUGUGUCACCAUAUUCGUCUGAGGGAAAACAGGGUAAAUUGGGGCUUUUAAAACUUUCCGGAGUAACAAGAUACAAGUAUGACUACAUUUUAUAGUCAGGUUCAGGCAGUGCACUUCCGUGAGUGUGAAAUCAAUGUGGGUGGGGGCUGGAGGUUGUAUAAUGCACCUGGCUGGUUUUGAUGGAUUCUCUCUGUACUGCAGUGGUGCACAGAGCAUUGUGGAACCCUAUUGAUCUCAAUCAGAGAGUGAGGGAGAGCUUGUCUCCUCACUGCAGCAAACUUCCUGUUUCACUCAGCAUUGUACAAUUUAUGAGGGAGAACUGCCAAGACAUAGUGCAUCGACGAAAAAGGAAUAUCUGAAAACAUGUUUGCUGUUGGAAUAAAACAUGUCUGAAAGCACAGGAUUCUUCUGUUCUCUUGUUGUGGGUGUCACGCAUCAGUGCUCAUUCAUUUCAGUCUGUAAAAGUUCAGCUGUGCCCAUUAAAGGAGAGAUUUGUUCUGUUAGCAAUGUAACUCAUAUUUAAUGAAAAGAUGUUGGAAGAGAUUUAUGAAAUAAAAGCAUUUGGCAAACA